GAAAAAUAUUUUGAGGAAACAACAUCGAUGAUACCUUCGGAAGCUGUAAUACGCAGUUAAUUCAUCCUGGGUUUGUAAGCAGAGCAAGGCGUCAGAUUCACGUCUUGGCAGCAGAAGAGUUCACCAGACAAAACCUCCCCGUCAAUCGGCUGAUGCAAAACCACAUUCCUAUCACUGUGAACAUGGUGGCAUGCCAGGAAAUUUCUGUUACAUGUAUGAUGUGACCUUUGCUGCAUCCUUUUCCAUCAUUGAACCCUGUAGUAACCAGAAUGCCCACUGUCCUUACCCUAGUAGGGCUGUUUUUGGUAACAUCUCUUCCGAGUUCCAGAGGCAACUCAGAGUUGAGGUUCCUGGGGCAGACGCACUUUGUAGUCAAUGAAAACAGCAGUGCAGUGGUACGCUUGGUGGUGGAGAGGAUUGGUGAACCAGUCAACAUUACUGCACUCGUGCUGCUUGAGGGAGAUGACACAGGGGACUUUGAAGCCACGACUGCUGCAGCAUUUCUGCUGGCCUCAGAGACUAACAAGACCAUUUUCAUUGCUGUGAGAGAUGAUGACCUGCCUGAGCCGGACGAAACAUUCAUAUUUAAUCUCCGACUGCAGAGUUCAUCCAAUGGUGUGAGGCUGGGGACCCCCAGCAGAGCCACCAUUACCAUCCUGUCCAAUGACAAUGCUUUCGGAAUCAUUUCCUUCAAUUCUUCCUCUUUGGUCAUAGUGGAUGAGCUCAAGGGUAGGAACCAGUAUGUGCCUCUCACCCUAAUCAGAGAAAAGGGGACUUAUGGGACAGUUACUGUGAACUUUGAGAUUUCAGGUGGGCCCAAUCCCCCAAGUGAAGAUAUUACCCCAGAUAGAGGGAAUAUUACUAUCCCCCCUGGUCGUGCAGUAGUGGUUUACAGUAUUGUGAUACGAGAUGAUCAGGUACCAGAGGAUGAUGAGGUCUUUAUUGUUCAGUUGAUGAGUGUGGAGGGUGGCGCCCAACUCAAUCCCAACCGCAGCAUCGUGCAUAUUAAGAUCAACAAAAAUGACAGUCCCAUCCGCUUCGCUGUCAGCAUCAUGCUGGUGCCUGAGACUGUGGGACUGGUGAAUGUCACCGUGACUCGUGGCAGAGAUGAGGAAGGCCGGCUCAUUGGGUCAGAUGCCACUGUGAUAUCCAUUGACUACACUGUCAUCAGCAGCAAUGGCACGGCCAGCGCCAUGCUGUCCUCAGAUUUUGUGGACCUGCAGGAUAACUGUACACUUGUCUUUCCACCAUAUGUGUAUGAGGUCCAUCUACAUUUCCAAAUCAUUGAUGAUAAGGUCCCUGAAAUUGCAGAAUCCUUCCAGGUGGUGCUGCUUGAGAACACACUGCUGGGUGAUGGGGUCCUGCUAACCCCCAGUGUAACCCAAGUCACCAUAGAGCCCAAUGACAAGCCAUAUGGGGUGCUGUCAAUCAACAGCGGUCUUCUUUCACAGGUCAUUAUUAUAAAUGAAGACUUCACAUCCAGGUUUGAAGGAAUCUCCAUAGUGAGAAAUGGCGGAACACAUAGCAAUGUCUCUGUAAACUGGAUAAUCACACGAAACAGCACUGAUCGGUCUCCCGUCUCCACUGAUCUGAGGCCAGCUGCAGGGGUUCUUCGCUUUGCGGCCGGGCAGAUGUUUGCCACACUGUCCCUGAACAUCACCAAUGACGACCUGCCUGAGGAGGCCGAGGCCUUCAUCUUCAGAUUGCUGCCCAGCACUGUGGCAGGUGGAGCUGAAGUGGAUGAGCCAAUGGAGAUGGUGUUCUACAUUCAGGACAGUGACGACGUGUACGGCCUCUUCCGCUUCCAUCCCGUGAAGGAACAGAGGAUCCAGAGCCAGCCAGUGGGACGUUUCAUAUCCCUGAGUUUCUUACGGGACAAGGGCACUUUAGGGGAUGUCCAGCUGAGCUUCACUGCUCUCUACAUCCCUGCUGGGCUUCUGGAUCCCACCCGAGCUCGGGACGGGGUCCUAAAUGGCACCCGCAUCAACAGGCUGACCUUCCCAGGGGCCCAAUCAGAAGCAGAGCUCACUUUGCCAAUUCGAAAUGAUGCAUUCCUUCAAAAUGGGGCGCAUUUUCUCAUCCAGCUGGACAGUCUUGAUCUAGUUAAUAUCAGCCCCCCGAUCCCACCCAUCAGUCCCAGGUUUGCUGGCGCCUUGAACAUCACCCUGACUGUCACCUCAGACAUCGCAAAUGGAGAAAUAGGUUUCAUCAGUAACCAGACUGUGAUUGUGAAUGAACCAGAGGAUGACAACAUUACUCAGAUUACUCUUCCCUUACACCGCGAUGGGACAGAUGGACAAGCUGUGGUGUUCUGGAGUUUGCGACCAACAGGGCGAAAUAGUCAGGAUGUAACCCUCAAUGAUCUUGGACCAUUUAGUGGUUCUGUGACUUUUCUGUCCGGACAAAGUGAUUCAUCUAUUAACAUCAUUAUCAAAGCUGACAGCAUUCCUGAAAUCAAUGAGACCAUUCUCAUCACUCUGGACAGGACCAAUGCAGAGAACCAGAUUCUGAAACCAGGGUUUACGAGCAGAGAGAUCGUAAUAACUGAGAAUGAUGACCCUGGUGGAAUCUUUGAGUUCUCACCACAGUCUCGAGGACCUUGGUUCAUCAAUGAGGGAGAGGCUGUGGAGCUUAAGGUAAUUCGGUCCCAGGGCCUAUUGCUAAAGCAGCUUAUCCGUUAUGAAGUGAUACCCUCAGGCAAUGCAGAAUUCUAUGGGGCCACAGGGAUCUUGGAAUUUAAUCCAGGAGAAAGGGAAGUAGUGGUUGCACUUGUGGCCAGACCUGAUGGAAUUCCUGAGCUAGAUGAGAUGUUCUGUGUAAUUCUCAGUAGCCACAGUACCCCUCCCAGUCAUCUGGGAUCUGCCAGGGAGGUCAAUAUCACUGUCCGAAGCAAUGAUGACCCUUUUGGGGUCAUUGAGUUUAUCCUCCCUGGCAUGGUGGAGGCAAUCAAAGAAAGUAAAGGGAGUGAAUCUUUCUCAGCAUCCUUCCCAAUUGUGAGGAACAGGGGUACAUUUGGAGAAGUGUCCAUUUUCUGGAUCCUGGAUCCCUACUUAUCGGAAGAUAUCUCUCCAGUGCAAGGGCUUGUUGUUUUCAAAGAAAAGGAGGUCUCCAAAAACCUCACAAUCUUCUCUGUUCCUGAUCAGAUACCAGAAUACACAGAAGUAUUCACAGUCAUUCUUCUAAAUGCUACUAAUGGCGCACGACUUGGAAAUUCAUUGAAUGCAACCUUGCAGAUUCUGAAAAACGAUGAUCCAAUAUAUUUUGCAGAGCCUGUUCUGGUUAGGGUGCAAGAAGGUGAAAUUGCCAACUUCACAGUUUUGAGAGCUGGACCAGCUGACUUUGUUGCUACAGUGAUGUAUGUGGUCACACAUGGUGGAACAUCAUCCGGCGACUUCAUUCCAAAGAUUAAUGAAACGUUGGUUUUCGGUAUAAACGAGUGGAGUAAGAACAUCUCACUAGCUACUGAAGAUGAUGAUGAACCUGAAACAGACGAAGAGUUUUACAUAACUUUAUACAAUGCCACAGGUGAUGCAGUGGUAUAUGGUGCUGAUACAGCAACCGUGAUAAUUGAGGCGAACGAUGAUGCCAAUGGUAUCUUUUUUUUGGAACAAGUUGUCAAACAAGUAGAAGAAGGAAAAUCUAACAACUUCUAUGUUUUGAGAAGCCGUGGACAUUUUGGCAAUGUCACUGUUUAUUGGCAACUGUCCGACAACAACACAGUCUUAGAACCAGGCCAAGAAUUCAUCAGCACCUCAGGAUCCAUCAUUUUCACCACUGGAGAAAUCACAAAACCCAUUGCCUUGCAAGCCAUCUCUGACAAACUACCAGAGUUUAAUGAGUACUUUGUUCUUAAUCUUGUUAACAUAAAAGGUGGCUACCCCGGACCAGGUGGUCGACUGGCUGAAACAAACCUUAAUGUGUCUGUACUUAUUCCUUUCAAUGAUGACCCCUUUGGUGUCUUUGAAAUUGAUGACCAGAGUCUGGACCUAGAAGUAGCAGAAGAUGUGCUUUCCGAAGAGGACAUGUCAAAUGUUGCCACCAUCAUCAUCCUCCGACAGCAAGGCACUUUUGGGGAUGUGCGGGUUGGAUGGGAGAUUUUGUCAGAUGUGUUUCCUCUUGGUCUACCUCCAAUGCAGGACCUCAUACUGAUGGCAUCAUUCCCCAGGGCUGUGGAACUCCGACCCCACUCCAGAAGACCCCACUCUGCUACAGAUGCACUGUUUUUUCCAGGCUUUCAAGGUGCCUAUGGUACCAUCAGUACUGAUAAUCAAUUGCAACAAACCCAGAGUCUAUCCAACUUCACCUUCUCAGCCUGGCUGGUACCCAGGCCCAACACAGAUGGAUUUAUUAUUUCCAAGGGAACUGACAAUGGAACCUUCUAUUAUGGUAUCAAGAUUCACACCAACGAGUCACAUGUUACACUGAUGCUCUACUACAAUGCUGUUGGAUCCAACAGCACUCAAAUCGCUAGGUCCACAGCUGCUAAAUAUGUUGAGGAUAAUAUUUGGUUACAAGUUAUCAUAACUGUAGAUGAUGGCAUUAUUGAAUUCUACUUGGAUGGAAAUACCAUGCCUGGUGGGAUCAAAAGUCUGAAAGGAGAGGCCAUCACAGAUGGUGAAGCUCCACUACAUAUCGGUUCAGACCCUGAAGGAAAGGGACUCUAUACUGGUCUAAUGCAAGACGUGCGGCUCUACUCCAGCAAGCUGGAUUGGGUGCAGAUCCGAGAGCUUCACAGUCAGCCUGCUAAGAUGGACCUGCACAAUGUGUCAGGCUACCUGGAAUACUGGCAGGACGAGCGGCGCAAGGGGUUUGUGGUGGAGGUGCGGGAUGACCGGGAAGAAGAGGCAGAGGAGAUCUUCUACCUGCAGCUGGUGUCGGUCCGUGGGGGUGCCCGCCUUCCGGACCCCCGGCCCACUGCCAUGCUGCGAGUCCUGAAGAGUGACAAUGCCAAUGGCCUUUUCGGAUUUACCGGGACCUGCAUCCCAGACAUUUCAGAGGAGGGCUCCACCAUCUCCUGUGUAGUGGAGCGUACUCGAGGAGCCUUGGACUAUGUCUUUGUAAACUACACCGUUAGACAGCUCGAUUCUGACAGCUCCGUCCCCACUGCCCCUGACUUUGCCAACACCAGCGGCAGUAUCCUCUUCUUACCCGGCCAGCGCUCUGAGGUCCUAAACCUGCUGGCUUUGGAUGAUGACAUACCAGAGUUGGCUGAGGUGUUUGAGAUCAAGCUGGUGUCGGCUGAAUCAAGUGAUGGGAAACCUGGAUCUAGCCCAACUAGUGGAGCCAGUAUUGAUCCUGAUAAUUCAGCCACCACUGUCACCAUCAAGGCUAGUGAUCACCCCUAUGGUCUGCUGCAGUUCUCAACACUUCCCCUCACAGAAGGGAUGAUUCGCCCAGCCACAAAAGAGGCACAUCUGACUGUGAUGGAAGAGGACGGGGCAGCACGCCUGCUCGUAGUUCGAGCACAAGGCCUGCUUGGGAGAGUCCUGGUUGGUUACAGAACGUUACCUUUCUCUGCUGUCAGCCCAGAAGACUAUGAGGACACAGAGGGAGUGCUGGAUUUCCUUCCUGGGGAGCGAUACAAAUACAUCACUGUGAACAUUGUGGAUAACCCUGUUCCUGAACUGGAAAAGAUUUUCAGAGUGGAGCUGUACAAUCCCGGAGAAGGAGCCGAUCAACUAAUUAGGACUGAUGGCAGUGGCAGUGGAGAAAGUGAUGCUGACUUCUUCCUCCCAUCUUUUCACCAGCGUGCCAGCCUGGGAAUCUCUUCUCGUAUCACUGUAAGCAUUGCUGCAUCUGACGACGCCCAUGGUGUCUUCCAGUUCAGUCCAGAUUCACUUGCUGUCAAUGGAACAGAACCAGAGGAAGGACACAGUAUGAUUAUCAUGCAGGUGGUGCGCUCUUUUGGUGACUUGUCAAAUGUGACGGUAUUUUGGGAAGCAGAACCUGCUGCUGAGGAAGAUCUUUUGCACAGAACUGGUGAAUUAGUAUUUGUUGUGGGCCAAACAGCUGCUAAUUUCAUUCUUCAAAUUGCUGAAGACAUCAUUCCUGAAUUAGACAAGAGCUUUGUUGUCACGCUUUCCAACGUUUCACACGGCCGUCUUGGGAAUCUGACUAAUGCCAACCUAACCAUUCUUGCAAGUGACGAUCCCUAUGGAGUUUUCGAGUUUUCUGAGAAAAUUAGACCAGUACGUGUGGCAGAGGCCAACACAUAUGUGACUUUGACUAUUAAAAGACAGAGGGGGUUACUUGGAUUAGCCCAGGUGACUUACAGGACCCUUAAGGACAGUGACCCGUCUCCAUUUAGCACCCCGGGCAUUGGGAGAGCAAAUGAAAGGAGUGACUUCAUUCCUUUGAUGGACUCUGUGCUGUUCGAUGCCAAUCAAAGUGAAGCAAAUGUUACCCUUCAAGUGCUGGAUGAUGAGGAACCUGAAAGAGCUGAAUCAAUCUUUGUGGAACUCAGUAGUGUCAAGCUUGUUCGAGGUGUCCAAUCCAGACCAAUCUAUAACUCCCCCCGCCUUGGCCUGGGAAAUACGACAGUAGCUCAGGUCGUUGUUGAGGCCAGUGAUGAUGCCUUUGGCGUUUUACAGCUGUCCUCUUCGGCUGUGAGUGUGGCUGAGCACUACGUUGGUCCCAUUGUCAAUGUCACACGUAUUGGCGGCAUCUUCGCCGAUGUAUCAGUCAAGUUCCAGGCAGUUCCAAUGACAGCGAGAGUUGGGGAUGACUACAGUGUGGCCUCCUCUGAUGUUGUCCUCCUUGAAGGAGAGACCAGCAAACCAGUUCCCAUCUACAUUAUUAAUGACAACGAACCUGAGCUUGAGGAAACCUUUCGAAUUGAGCUGCUUAAUCAGACCACUGGUGGCGCUCAGCUUGGCCAGCUAACCAAAACCGUUAUCACCAUCCUGCCAUCAGAUGACCCCUUUGGUGCUUUUGUUUUCCAGGAUUCAUCCAUCACCGUGGAAGAGCCAGCCUUUAACUCCACUGAAAUUAGUUUACCAAUAUUACGAAAAUCUGGUACUUUAGGCUAUGUAUCUGUCCAGUGGCAGGCCACUGUCAAUGGGAAGCUUGCUGACGGUGACAUUCGACCUGUGUCAGGGGAGGUCAGGUUUCUUCCUAGAGAGACCUUGAAGACUUUGAAAGUGGAAGUGCUGGCAGAUGACGUUCCAGAAAUUGAGGAAAUAAUCAUUGUGGAACUCACAAGUGCUUCAAAUGGAGGGAAUAUUGGACGGGAAAGAGCUGUUAAUGUAAUUGUCCCAGCCAAUGAUAAUCCUUACGGAACUGUGCACUUUGACCAGUCAGUGUAUCGCCUUCAGGAGCCUCUUGAGGGAGUCUACUUAGCCAACAUCACUGUGAGAAGGAGUGGGGGUCACUUUGGACGUUUAGACAUUAUGUACAGGACAUCGGAAUUUGAUGUUAUCAGUACUGCCUUGGACGAGGGGCGGAACCUUCUGGUUUACUUUGAUGCUCCGGUGAGGGCAACACUGUCUAGUGCCACUAUAAGGCCUGUUAAUCUCACUGCUCAGAGAACCCCCUUGACUGCUUGUGCAGCCUUUUGCCUACGGGAGACCACCUGCCAUGCUUUCUCCAUGUCCAACAUCUCUGGAGUGACUACCUGCAACUGGGUGAUAACAGGAGUCAGCCAGCUGACCGACUCCACCCAGGUGUUAACUUACAUCAAAAAUGUCACAGCCUUAUCCUCUCUGUUCAGCUCUCGUGCUACUGCUGGGAUUGACUAUCUGCCAGUGACAUCCCAGGUAGCCACCAUGUUUGAUGGGGCUGGUAUGGCCAAUCUCACAGUACCCAUUUUGACUGACUCUCUCCCAGAGAUGGAUGAAAGUUUCAUGAUUCACAUCCUAAGAGCUGAUCUGAUCAACUUGACCGCUGUCUCAAAGAAUAUGCCCUCAGUGGGUCAACCAAACACAGCGAGAGUCACCAUAGCCAUGAAUGGGGAUGCAUUUGGGAUCUUCCUGCUCUACAGCCUCAAUCCCAGUGCCACAAGGAAUGGCUUAUACCUAGAAGUAAAUGAGGAACCCAACACCUCUGUGUCACUCGUUAUUGAGAGAAGAGGGGGGAGUCUGGGGCGAGUAACAGUGGAGUGGAAAUUUGUAGGUGGAACUGCUCUACCCAAAGCAGAUUUCAAUGGGACUGGGGAAACUCUCAUUUUUGCACAAGGAGACCUAAAAAAGACCAUAGAGAUAUUUAUAAUGGAUGACAUGGAGCCGGAGGAUAAUGAAACGGUUAUGAUUGGCCUGGUGAAUACGGAGGGGGGGAGCCGCAUCCUGCCCAGCUCUGACACUGUCACCAUUGUCAUCCUGGCCAAUGAUCAUCUGGCUGGUGUGGUGGGCUUCCACGAGGCUUCACGUUCAGUCACCGCCCGGGAAGGGGAGAAACUCCAUCUCCUGGUGAAGAGGUCAUCUCCUGGCCGCGGGAAUGUCACCAUGGACUGGAGGAUUCAGGGUCCUCGCGUCCAACAGACUUUUGUCCAUACCUCUGGAGCACUUUUCUUUUCUGAGGGAAUCCUAAGUGAAACUAUAGUCCUUCAGUUAAUGGAUGACCAGGCACCUGAAGAAAAAGAGGAGUACAAGGUCAUCCUGUCCAACAUUCUCACUCAAGGGGUGGCAGUAACAGGGCAGGCAGUACUGGACUCUGAGAGUCAUGAAGCACUAGUGACUGUGAUUGGCAGUGAUGAGCCCUUUGGGGUCCUCAAUAUUGCCCCGUCCUCCCUCAGCGUGUUCAGUGAAGAGGUUAAUACCACCAUAAAAAUCUUCAUCAACCGGGAGCAAGGAGCCUCAGGGGCGAUAAAUAUCAGCUAUGAGACAGUAAAGGGAUCUCGCCAGGAUCUGGCGCUGACAGAGAGUGCCCUGGCUGAACCAGGUCUAGACUUCCUUUCAGCCACUGGGUCGCUGGUGAUGCAAGAUGGACAGACCUCUCUGGCCAUUCCCAUCACCAUUAUAGAUGAUGAGAUCCCAGAGCUUCAGGAAUGUUUCCUCAUCAAUAUCACAUCAGCAGUUCUUAUCUCCGUGGUUGCCAGUUCUCAAAAGCUGGAUACCCUGGGACUGAUGGCAGAGGUUUGCAUCGGUGCAAAUGAUGGAGUCAGAGGAAUCAUUGAGUGGAAAAGAACAGACUUCGAGGUCAAUGAGACGCAAAGAGUCUUGACGCUGGUUGCAUACAGAAAUGGCGGGAGCUAUGGCAAUGUCAGCCUCUUCUUCUAUGCCCAGAAUCUGGAGGCACAACUUGGCCUGGAUUUUAAUGUCACAUCUUCGAUUCUUCACUUUGCUGAUGGAGAAAGGCAGAAAUCGAUUGACGUUCAGAUCAUUGAUGAUUCUGUACCAGAGGGUGAUGAGAACUUUCAGCUUAUUUUAAGCAAUCCUUCUUUUGGACUCCAACUUGGACACAACACCACAGCUACAGUACUUAUCCUGGCCAAUGAUGAUGGACAUGGCGUGAUCACCUUCAACAAUAGUCAACACUUCCUUCUGCAGGAACCCACCUCAUCAGGCUUGGGUCAGAGUUUUGCCACUUUAUAUGUGAUGCGCAACCCACCACAGGGCACUUUUGACACAGUCACUGUCCAGUUCCACAUCACAGAUGCCAAUGGCUCCCUCUCAACCAGUGACCUGGUGCCUAGUGAGGGCUUUGUAGUUCUUGAGGAUGGAGAAAGAUUUCAGGCACUUAGGAUAUCAGCUGUGUUGGAUGAGGAGCCAGAAGCAAAUGAGACCUUUACAGUGACGCUCUUCAACCCCACGGGAGGAGCACGUCUUGGAGACUUUCUGCAGACAACCAUCACAGUGCUGCAGAACCAGGCUCCUCUUGGACUCUUCCGGAUUUUCCCCGUCCAGAAUAGGACAAGCUCCAUAUCUGUGGAAGAGGGAAAUAAGACAUUGUUUAUGACCAUUUCCCGCAGUAAUGGCUUAGAAACUGCUGUCAGUGUGGAGUGGGAAUUUCAGUCAGGCACUGCCUUUGGGAUGAUGGGAGAUGUUCCAGUUUUAGGUGUCUAUCAGAAUUUCCAUGAGACUCCUACCUCUAGCUGGUGUACUCUGGCCAGUGGAAACAUUUCUCUUGCCAUGAGACUUGGAACUACUGGCAACUUCUUUCCAAGUGUAGUCACGUUGUACAGAUGGCAAGGAGCCUUUGUACCGCUACAGACUAUGAGAAUUCAGGACCCAAAGCGAUGUACGGGUUUUGCAAUGGAUGGCUCCUCUUAUGUUGUGGUCACCCAUGGAGGCCACCCUGAGUUCAAGACUGCUAACAUGAGUUUGUUCAGAUUGCAACUGAACUUGAAUCUUACUUUGGAACAAACACUGAAUGUUGAAGGUCUUGAUAUCAAAUACUUCUCAGUGGAAAAUGAACAUUAUUUGAUAGCCUCAAAUCAAGUUUUGGUGUGGGCUGGAAGCAGGUUUAUUCUCCAUCAAACCUUGGAGAUACAGGAGGUGCUGAGUUUCUCUCUGUUCUCCCGUGGGAAUGCCUUGUACCUGGCUGUUGCUGUCAACAAUAAAAGUGAAAACUGUCUUCUGUACCAAUGGAGCCGUGGCCAAUUCCAGAAUCCACAGCUUCUUUCCCCCAGCAGCUCAGCUAAACAAGUGGAGACCUUUCACAUUGGGGCAGAUAUCUAUCUACUCAUGGUUACAGAUGGACCCAAUUCUACAUGUGAUGUUUUUGUGUGGAGCUCCAGGCAAUUAUUCUUCCAGCAUUUCCAAUCCAUCCACUUUCCUGGGUUGUUGUCUGCCCACAGUUUCACUCCACCCUCAGGAAUAAGUCAUCUCUUCCUGGCAGGGAGCAACACCUCUGCAAUUUUCUCAUGGAGGUCCAACCAAAGCUGCUUCUCCUUAAUGCUGGAGGCUCCUCCAACUCAAAUAUUUCUCUUUCUCCCUGUCCCUCAUUUCAAUGCCACAAGAAGUCUCAUUGCGUCCACACAUCACGCAAGGUCAACUAUAUAUGAGCUGACAUCCAUUUCCAACCAGUCUGACUUUAUUCCCAGUUCAGGUGAACUGCAUUUUGAACCAGGUGACAGUGAAUUGACAAUUGCAGUGAAUAUCCUUGAUGACUACUUUCCAGAAGACACAGAGUAUUUCCAUGUCAAUCUUAAAAAUCCCAAAGGUGGGGCUGAAAUUGGAUUCAAUGGUCAGGUGACCAUUUUCAUUUCCUCAAACGAUGAUGCACAUGGAAUUGUAGGUUUCGCACAGAAUUCCUUGUUUAAGGAAGUUGAUGAAUUAGAAAGAGACAACCUUAUCUCUCUCAGUAUUGAGAGAAUGAGAGGAACUUUUGGGAGGCUGAUUGUACACUGGGCCGCAAAUGGAAGUGUGGAGGAUAUCUUUCCCACAUCUGGAGUGACAACAUUUUUAGCAGGUCAAGCUCUGGCCACAAUUACCUUCACCGUGUUGGCGGACGAAGACCCUGAACUGGCUGAGAAGAUCACCAUCACCCUCCUGAACAUUGGCACAAUAGGGAUCGAUGAUGCAUCAAGAGGAGCGGUGAUAAACCCAGAGCGAGCCCAAGCGUUCCUUAUCAUCCUGCCCAAUGGCUCCCCCUUUGGGGUAAUUGGAUGGCAUUCUGACUCAUAUUACAUUGUCACAGAGGAGCCUUUGGGAAAGCCACGUAAUGUCACACUUACAAUUGUGAGGGAGCAAGGAUUUGUGGGGGAUGUGGCAGUUCACUACAGGACUAGACCUGCUCUGUCCCAACUGCCUAAGAACCAGGCUACUGCAAAUGAAGACUAUAUACCAAAAGAUGCGAUAGCAGUAAUGAAGGAAAAUGUCACUGACAUCACCAUCACCAUUACUGUUUUGCCAGAUGAUGUUCCUGAGCUGCUUGAGAGAUUCCUCAUCAACAUAUCUAGUGUGGAGCUUCUUAGAGGAUCUAUGGGGGGAGGGCAACCAAGUCUGAAAAGACCAGGCAUGGAGGUUGCAGAGGUCACUAUUCAAGAGAAUGAUGACCCUAGGGGGGUCGUCUUGUUUAACAUAACUAAGGAUAUAUCAGAUCCGGUACAAGCAUAUGAGGUGCCUCCUCCGGGGAACCUGGUGCAGCUACCUGUUGCUCGUUUGGCUGGCAGGAGAGGGAUUGUGGUUGUGUACUGGGAAGCUCGGCCAAUCAGUGCUAGCUUUGAAGAUUUUACACCUGCCUCAGGAAAUGUCACUUUUCAAGAUGGGCAGGCAAUGAGCAUUAUUGAGAUCACCAUUAUUGAUGAUAGUGCUGUGGAGCUUUUGGAGACAUUCAGUGUGACGCUGACUCAAGUAAUGGGUGGAGCCAGACUGGGAAAUGAAACUAUGGUGACAGUCAGCAUCGGCCCCAAUGACUCUCCCCUUGGACUGUUCGGAUUUGAGGAACAUUCUGUAACAGUUAUGGAGCCACAGUUUACUGAUGACCCUGGCAGUGUAGCAACUUUGACAGUUGUGCGGAGUCCUGGGGGCAGGGGAAUAGUGCAUCUUCUGUGGCGUCUGGAGGACACGGCCCAGGAUGACUUGAAGCCUCUCAAUGGCACACUGCAGUUCAAUGAGACCGAAUCCAAGAAAACACUGGUGAUAUCUGCUUUGGCUGAUGCUGUCCUUGAGGGGGAUGAGAGAUUCAUGGUCCAUCUCCUGGCACCUAAGAAUGAGGGUGUCAUUGAUACCAUUAAGGGUGUGGCCACCAUUGUGAUCCUGGGAGAUCGUGGAGCCCUUGGAACUGUCAGCAUUGCCGAAUCCUCUAGAAAUAUUUUUAUCGGAGAGCCACAGGGCAAUUACAAUGGGACUGCAUUGGUCAGGUUGGAGCGAGGUCCUGGGAUCUUCGGAGAGAUUCAGGUUUAUUGGAACAUCACUCCAGCUGUGGACUCUGAGUUUGAGGAGACCUCUGGAGUAGUAACCAUGAGAGAUGGUCAGUCUGCUGCCACCAUCAGGCUGAAGGUCCUAGAUGAUGAUGUACCAGAAGAAAGACGUGUCUACCAGUUGAUCCUGAGUGCAGUCAGUGCUGAAGCUGAGAUCAGCCCUGCCAGCAGGCAGGCCAACCUUACCGUGACAGCCAGUGAUUUUCCAUACGGUCUCUUCUCCUUUACUCAGGAGCUUCUGAACACCUCAGAAGAAGCGAGGAUAGUGAAUAUAACAAUGCUACGCUCCAAGGGCACAUUUAACAGUGUGCUACUGUCCUAUCAGACUGUCAGCAAUACAGCCAUUAGUGGUUUGGACUUUGUCCCAGCUAUGGGGCAAUUGCUUUUUGGGCCAGGUGUAACUCUGCAAACAGUUUCACUGGAAAUUUUGGAUGAUGAUCUUCCAGAGGGACCUGAGGUCUUCUAUGUCAAUAUCACCCAAGUGGAGCUUCUUAAUAACAGUAACUGGGACUUUGCAGUAAAGGAGCAGGGUCUCCAGCUUGAUCAGCCUCCAGCCAUAAGAAACGUCUCAUUCAUUAUGAUUGUAAUUCAUAAAAAUGACAAUGCAGAGGGCAUUGUGGAGUUUGACCCUGACUACAUCAAUAUAACUGUGGAAGAAGAUGUGGGUGUGAUCUUCAUUCCUUUGUUAAGAAGAAGAGGUACCUAUGGUCAGAUCAUGGCAGAGUACAUCACUCGCAGCUUCACUGCGCUGGCUAACAUUGACUUCAUCCUCCCUAAUGGUUCUGUCACCUUCAACCAAGGACAGAACCAAACUUAUAUAAAUGUGUCUAUUAUUGAUGAUCUUGACAGGGAAUACAGUGAGAUGUUUGAAAUCCAGCUUUCAGGAGCUACUGGAGGAGCCAUACUUGGAAGGCAUUUAGUAGCACAGAUAACCAUUGCUAAAAGUGACUCUCUAAAUGGGGUGGUUCGCUUCCUGAACCACAGCAGGCUCACCAUACAAAAUCCCAACAGUACAUUAAGCCUCACACUAAUGCUGGAGAGGACAGGCGGGCUGGUAGGCGAAACCACAAUAAUCUGGAAGAUUCUAGGUCCCAAUUCACAGGAGAUUUUGCCAGCAAAUAAUACAGACAUUGGGGAACCUGUGAAUGGAUCGUUCCAUUUCAGAGAUGGGGAGGGUGGAGUUCGUAGUAUUGAGCUGUGGAUUUUGCCCCAUGGAGAAGUGGAAAUUGCAGAGACGUUUGUUGUCAUUCUCAACCUCUUAUCUGGAGACACAGAUAUUGAUGCCAAGAAAGGAAGUGUAAUGCUUACAAUAGAGAAGUUUGGAGACCCAAACGGUAUAGUGCAUUUUACUCCUGAGGCCCUUAUGGAGCGAAGCUACAAUGAACCAAGUGACGCUGAAGGACCCCUGAACAUUUCCCUCCCAAUCAUGCGUAGCGAAGGAGUCAUGGGCAAUAUCACAGUUUUUUGGGAGAUCCUGAGUGAUUCAGAUACCGCUGAAGACUUCUAUUUACUUAGGGGUUCUGUAAUAAUUAUUGAGGGUGAGAGAUUAGCUAAAGUAAUUGUCAGCCUGUUGCCAGACAGUGUGCCUGAGCUGGAGGAGGUGUACAUCAUACAGCUGAGCUCUGUUGCUGGGGGGGCUGAGCUUGACAGCAAGAGGAGCAAGACCCAGAUCAAGGUCAGAGCAAAUGAUGAGCCCCAUGGCGUCUUUGCUUUGUACCCAGAAUUCCAGUCCUUGGAGGUCAAUCUAACAAACUACAUUCGGUACAUCUCAUUGAAUAUCACACGGCACCCUGGGACUUUUGGCAAUGUCACAGCAGACUAUAGAAUAACUGGUAGUAUGCCAGACCAGGGGCCCCUCAUAGAUGCAAUCCUCGGAAGCCUCUUUAUGAAGGAUGGGGCAAAAUUUGCUAGGACCACAGUGCCACUUAGCAAUCAGGUGUUCUUUGCUGUUGGCUUUAAAUUCACCAUUGAGCUGACAGAUGUGAACCUCAUCGGGUCCGUAGUCAGUUCUGCUCCUCGGAUACUGCGUGAGUCACAGAGAGUCGUAUUGACUGUUCAUGAAGAAGUUGCCAAUUCAGAGGUUGGAUUUGAAUCAGUAGUUCUACACGUCUCAGAUUUUAACACCGGCUCCUGUGAGGCACUUGUGUCCCGCAGUGGGCUCUAUGGCGAUGUGGAUGUGGAAUGGAGAUCUGGAUAUCCACCUGGUCAGGCCCCACCAGGUGUCCAGUUAGGCCUCGUCAGACCAAGCUCAGGCACCUUGAGACUGGUUAAUGGAGAGAAAAGUGAAAUACUGUCCUUUACCGCCGCAUUAAAUGCAUCUGAUCUUGCAACCUAUGCCGUGUAUCUCACUGCAGCACAUGCUAAUGUUCCUGGAGGGGCUCGACUCAGGUCUCACUUCACGUUGGCUGAGGUGGAGCCCCUGGGUGUGUUCCUGUUCUCCUCAGAAUCCCGACAGCUAGUCGUCAAGGAAGAUGUGAAGACCAUCACCCUUUAUGUGCAACGCUUGUUUGGUUUUCGUGGCAACCACACUAAACUAACCUACAAGACAUGGGAUGGCAGUGCCAAAGCAGGGGAGGACUUUGUGCCAGUACAAGAUGGGGAGCUGGUCUUCUUUCCCCAUCAGACCAGCGCUGUCAUUCGUCUAUCUAUACUGGAUGAUGAGCUGACAGAGCCCAGUGAGACCUUCUAUGUGAACCUGACUGGUGCCGAGGUCCUGAGUCCUUCCUCUCCCCAAGCCCAACCCAGGAUUAUUCCAGGACUUAGCAGUGCCUCUAUCACCAUUCUAGACAAUGACAUGGCUAGUGGUCUUCUUAGCAUUGGGCCAGCCCUCCUGCAUGUGCAAGAAGACAGUGCUAAUGAAACAGGGCAGCAGAGGAUAUCGCUGAGGGUGAGAAGGUCAGCUGGUUUCACAGGAACCAUAAUGGUCAGUGUCAGAGCCUAUGGAGGCAAAAGUUUGGAAGCUGGGUUGGGUGGCACCCCCUUUGUUCCAGAGUCGAAUGUGACAUGGGCCCUAGAAGGUGAGGACUUCCAGCUGGAGUCUACUGUGAUAUCGCUCCAGGAGGGCCAAGAGGUGGCAGAGGUCAUCCUGCUCAUUCUGGAUGACCUUGAGCCAGAGGGACAGGAGGUCUUCUUCAUCUACCUUACUGACCCCGAGGGAGGGGCACAGAUCAUUAGGGAUGCCGAUGACCAAGGGUUUACCGGCUUUGCCAAAAUUAUUAUUCAAGGAAGUGACUUUCAGAAUGGCAUUGUGGGUUUCAGUGCAGCCUCACAGAGUGGCCUUUUUCUGGAUGAAGACUCUGAAAACAGAACCACUGUACUUGUCCUCCAAAGACAGGAGAAUAGGGCCUUUGAAGAUGUUGCCAUACUUUGGCGUGCUACUUUCAAUACAUCUGUGCCAUCUUUAAUAAAAGAUGGUGUCGAUCUGACAAAGGAACUCCAUCACACAACAGGCACUGCAUUCUGCAGACAGGGAGAGGUGCUGUGUACCUUCACCUUAGAGAUCCGUCAUGACCAGGAGCCAGAAUAUCAGUCUUGGUUCCUGGUGGAGAUUUACCAAGUCGGCCUAGGGGCCGCCAUCAACCAGAGUGCCCGCUUUGCAAACAUAAGCAUUUUGGAAAGCGAUGAUCCUUUGGGCUUGGUAUACUUUGCCUUGGGCUCCCGACUGCCAGUGGUCCACAAGAAAGUGACCCGUCUCAGUCUGCAGGUGUCUCGGGAUGGCGGCACCCUCUCUACCGUGUCUGUGCAGUACCGUUUGCAGGAGCUCCAGAGAGCCGAAGCAGUGGGUCCAUCUCUUAUUUGGCCUGCCGUUGCAGGGAUGGACUUUGAAAUGGCAGAGGGUAGAUUAUCUUUUGAGCAAGGACAAAGGAGCACUUUCUUGGAUAUUGUGCUUACACCUGACUCGGCAUCAUCCAAUCCUCUUCCAAAGCGCCUCCAGGUGCUGCUGUCAGAGGCCACAGGUGGCGCCAGAGUGCAUUCCGAGUUUGGGGUUGCCAAUGUGACUGUGGUGUCAGAUUCUGAGACACAAGCAGUCUGGGCACUGCUGGAUCAGCUGCAGCAGCCACUGGAUGUCACUAUCCUUGAUCGUGUUCUGCAGGGCCUCGUUAAUAAGGUCUCCAUGGAGGUCACCCUUGAGCAACUUACUGCUGUGCUAGAUGGACUGAGCAAGGUUUUGAAAGAGGCAGAGCAGACCUCUCUGGCGGAUAGCAGCAGGGGGCUAACCUACAACCUCCUGUGCGCACUGGCCAAUCCUAGCCGCCUGGACACGCGUGGCUUGAGUCAGCUAGCUGAGGUGGCAGAGCGUUUCGCCUUCUCGCUCCUCACAGGCGUCGAGUGUGGAUCGCAAGGCCAGAGGGGCAGGACAGUCUGGGACAGUUGUCCAUACAUAGCCAUUGCUGCCUACCACUGGUACCCUACUCAGAUAAAUGGGCACACCUUUCCAGGAAAGAAUGGUGAUUACUUCCAGCUACCAGUAUCUCUGUUGAAGGUGCCAGCCCAUUCGCUAGGCCGCAUCACCCCAUCUGCCUGCCAGAAGGUGCAGUUCACAGAGUACAGCACUGAGCAUUGGUUCCUUACCAACAGCAGGACCAUGGCACUCAAUGACAAGGUGUUUUCUGUUAGCCUUUUGGAACACAGAUCACGUCCUCUCCUCGACAGUGAAGUCGUCUACCGCAUCCACACCACCAACCAUCGCAUUAGACCUCAGCAUUCUCUGUGUCUUCUGUGGAACCAGGCUGCAGAAAGCUGGCUGUCAGAUGACCAGUUCUGUCGGGUGGUGGACGAUAGUGGGAAUUUUGUUGAGUGUGCCUGCUCCCACUUCUCAAUCUACACGGCCUUUGCAGAGAUCAGCCCGCUCUCCACCUACAACGAGGCCUUCUAUACAUCCGGUUUCAUCUGCAUCUCAGGGCUUGUGUUGGCCAUCCUGUCCCAUGUGCUGUGCUCCAGAUUCUCCAUGUUUGCUGCCAAACUUCUCACCCACAUGAUGGUGGCCUGCCUUGGAACUCAGGUCUGCUACCUGGUGUCGGCCUUUCGGGGCCGCCUCCUCUCAAUCGAAAGCUGCUCCGCGCUGGGGCUGUUUUCCCACUACUUCCAUCUCAGCCAGUUCAGCUGGAUGCUAGUCCAGGCAGUGAACUUCUGGCAGGUAUUGGUGAUGAAUGACGAGCACACAGAGCGCCGCUAUCUGCUCUACUUCCUGCUCAGCUGGGGCACGCCUGCUUUGGUCAUCAUGGUGCUGGUUAUUGUCUUGCUUGGUGGCUAUGCCUGGAAUAUCCACAGCGUCUAUGGGCUGGUGCAUGAAGAUGUGUGUUUCAUCCCGAAUGUGUAUGCAGCUCUUUGUACAGCAGCGCUUGUGCCCUUGAUCUGUCUGGUGGGUGUGCUUGUGGUGUUCAUUCACGCCUAUCAAGUCACCCACCAGUGGAAGGCCUAUGAUGACGUCUUUCGAGGGCGAACCAACAGCGCAGAGGUUCCAAUGGUGCUGACAGUGUUUGCCCUGGUGUCCCUGGUCUGGCUUUGGGGAGGACUGCACAUGGCUUACAGGCACCAGUGGAUGCUCAUCCUUUAUGUCAUUUUCAACUGCCUGCUGGGCCUCUAUGUUUUUGUAGUGUACUUCAUCAUGCAUAACCAGCUGUGCUGGCCAGUGAAAGCUAGUUACACAGUGGAGAUGAAUGGUCACGGCAGCCCAGAUUCCACCUUCCAGGGUAGCAGCACUCCUGCUGUUGCUGAAGAGAUCAGCAAAUCGACACAAAACCUUAUCAGUGCCAUGGAAGAGGUCUCCACGGACUGGGAGCGAGCUUCCCUCAGGCCAAGCAGCCAGCCCAGCAGUGUGUUUAAGCAGGGGCCCCAGAACGGCACAGCCUACACCACCGAGGGAGGCUUUAUCGGCACUAAUUUGGCCACCGACGAGGAAUCCCAAGAGUUUGAUGAUCUCAUAUUUGCAUUAAAGACUGGUUCAGGCCUGACCAUCAGUGACACGGAGUCAAUCCAUGGGAGUCAAGAUGGUGGCAGUGUUGCCAACUCCCAGAUUGUAGAGCUAAGAAGAAUCCCUAUUGCAGACACACAUCUCUAACCUCUCAUAUUUUGUAUUGGUAAAAAAGAUCAGUAUUUUUGUACUUUAACCGCUUUUUACUACGCUAAACUACAUGGGCUAGUAAAGAUUUUUUGUUAGUUGUUUGAUGCAAUGAAAAUGGUGGUUUGAUUCCUGUUUUUGGGUAUGUCCUGAAUGUGUAUGUAUAUUGAAACAUGCACAUAUUUUUUUUUUGUCUUUUCAGUGACUUAUAUCUACUGAAUGUAAAUAUCAUGUAGAAUUUAUAGAUAUACAGUCUUAAUUGUGUUGUCAGAUGGUGUAGCAUUGUUAAUAAAUAAUUCAUGAUGUUUUA